CUAACAGCCGUUUAAACCCCACAGAUACCUUGAGAAUCAGAGGAAACAACGAUUUGCUAAAGCUUGGCUGCUACCUCUAUGGCUGCUGCUGCUGUAAAGGAUUCGGGCUUUGAAGCCCUCGAGAAGCUUAAAUCAACUGAACCACCGGUUUUUCUAGCGCCAAGCUCGAUAUCUUCGGUGGCUCGUGUUGCAUCUCAGUAUCUCUUCACCAAGUUGAAGCCUCACAACCCUAAAUCUCCUUUCGAGGAGCUCUUGGUUGAAGGGUUCGAUGCGGAGCAGAUUUGGCAGCAGAUUGAUAUGCAGUCUCAGCCUUUGUUGUCAAGCUUGCGGCUUGAAGUUAAGCGGUUUGCUAAAAACCCUAAAGAGAUUCGCAGGCUCGGAGAUUUGGCCAUGGAGGAGUCUCGUGAGGGUGAUGUCGAUGAUGAGAUGGAUGUGGAUGAUGAUAAUGAGGGUGAGGAUGAGGAUGAUGAGCUAGAAGAAGCUGAUGAAAGUGAAGAAGAAGAGGAAGAGGAGGAUGAAGAAGCUGAAGAGGAAGAGGAAGAAGAGGAGGAGGAUGAAAAGAAUGAAGGAAUAGAGGACAAGUUCUUCAAGAUCAAAGAUUUGGAGAACUUUUUAGAGGAGGGUGAAGCUCUAGAGUAUGGCAUCGACUCCAGAAACAAUAAACCUAUGUUGUCGAAGUUUGGUGCUUUUGCUGGUGAUGACAACGAAGACGCCGACAAUUUGGGAAAGGCGAGGUAUGAAGAUUUCUUUGGUGGUAAAAAGGAGACUAAAAAGACCAUGAAACAUGUCAUUGAUGAUGAGGAAGCUGGAGAUGGAAACCAAGGCAAUGAAAAACUAUCCACCCAUGAGAAAGAAUUGCUAAAGCUUCAGUCCAAGAUUGAACAGAUGGAGAAAGCAAACUUAGAUCCUAAACACUGGACUAUGCAGGGAGAGGUAACUGCUACAAAGAGGCCAAAGAAUAGUGCUCUAGAAGUUGAUUUAGAUUUUGAGCACAAUGCCAGGCCUCCUCCUGUUAUUACAGAAGAGGUCACAGCCUCACUUGAGGAUAUGAUCAAAAGCAGAAUCAUUGAGGCCCGUUUUGAUGAUGUUCAACGAGCGCCUAGCCUGCCCACUAAAUCCAAAAGAGAAGCCAAGGAAUUGGACGAUAGUAAAAGCAAGAAAGGUCUUGCUGAAGUUUACGAGGAAGAAUACGUUCAGAAAUCAAAUCCAGCUUUUGCUCCAGCAACUUUCUCUGAUGAACUAAAGAAAGAGGCAAGCAUGCUAUUUAAGAAACUCUGUCUGAAGUUGGAUGCUCUCUCCCACUUCCACUUUACACCUAAGCCAGUAAUAGAAGAAAUGUCUAUACAGACAAACGUCCCAGCCAUAGCAAUGGAAGAGGUUGCGCCAGUGGCAGUGUCAGAUGCAGCAAUGCUUGCUCCAGAGGAAAUAUUUUCGGGGACAGGCAAGAUUAAGGAUGAGUCGGAGCUUACACAGGAAGAGAGAAAGAGAAGGAGAGCUAAGAAGAAGAGAAAGUUCAAAGCUGAAUCUGCAAAACAACCGGUGAAGAAGGCACGGGAUACUACUACAGAGACCGGUAUUUUUUACACUUAG